AUUCAUAUUUUUAAAAUGUGACUUCUGAAUUCUCUCCCUCCUACCCUUCUCCCACCAUUCCACCAUUCCCUUCUCCCACCACUUGAGAAGGCAAGUGAUACAUGUGAAGUCACGUAGAACACAUUUUGAUAUUAGCCACGUUGCAAAAGAAAACACCAAAAAGCAAGAAAAUGAAAGUGGAAAAGUACACUUCAGUCUACACUCAGAGUUCUUCAGUUCUCUCUUUGAAGUAAUCCCAUAUCAGAAACAUGGCUUCAGAUUGGCUGGGCAGCAUCGUAUCCAUCAACUGUGGGGACAGCCUGGGAGUCUAUCAGGGAAGAGUAUCAGCAGUGGACCAGGUCAGCCAGACCAUCUCUUUGACCCGGCCUUUCCACAAUGGAGUGAAGUGUUUAGUGCCAGAAGUCACCUUCAGGGCGGGUGACAUUACAGAGUUGAAAAUCCUGGAGAUACCAAGUUCUGGUGACAGCCAGCAAUGUGGAGACCCACAGCAGACAGAAUUAGGCCUCCCUGGUGUUGGCUGUCAGGUGGGAAUUAAUCAGAACGGCACAGGCAAACUGCUCAAGAAGUCCAUGUCCUCCAGUGCCCCCCAGAAUAUCCCCAAGAGAGCAGAGAUGAGGACCCAGGAUGUUGCCAUUUCACCACAGCAGCCGUGCUCAAAGAGCUAUGUGGACAGGCACAUGGAAUCAUUGAGUCAGUCCAGAAGUUUCCGUCGUCGACACAACUCUUGGUCAUCUAGCAGUCGCCAUCCAAACCAAGCAACUCCAAAGAAAAGUGGCAUAAAGAAUGGCCAGAUGAAAAAUAAAGAUGAUGAAUGUUUUGGGGAUGACAUCGAAGAGAUCCCAGACACAGAUUUUGACUUUGAAGGGAACCUGGCCCUUUUUGACAAAGCAGCUGUUUUUGAAGAGAUUGACACUUACGAGCGGAGGAGUGGUACCCGCUCCCGGGGUACCCCAAAUGAAAGACCCUCUCGAUACCGUCAUGAUGAAAACAUAUUAGAAUCUGAACCUAUUGUCUACCGGCGGAUUAUGGUGCCCCAGAAUACAAGCAAAGAAUUCUGUACUGACUCUGGGCUGGUUGUCCCGAGUGUCUCCUACGAGCUGCACAAGAAGCUGUUAUCGGUAGCAGAGAAGCAUGGUCUGACACUGGAACGGAGGCUGGAGAUGACUGGAGUAUGUGCCAGCCAAAUGGCACUGACCCUGUUAGGAGGACCUAACAGAUUGAAUCCCAAGAAUGUCCACCAAAGGCCUACAGUCGCCCUCCUUUGUGGUCCCCAUGUGAAGGGAGCUCAGGGCAUAAGCUGCGGGCGACACCUUGCCAACCAUGAUGUCCACGUCAUCCUCUUCCUGCCCAACUUUGUCAAGAUGUUGGAAUCUAUCACCAAUGAACUGUCCCUCUUCAGCAAGACUCAGGGCCAGCAGGUGUCCAGCCUCAAAGAUCUCCCCUCCAGCCCUGUGGACCUGGUGAUCAAUUGCCUGGAUUGUCACGAGAAUGCCUUCCUCCGAGACCAGCCCUGGUACAAAGCAGCUGUGGACUGGGCCAAUCAGAACCGGGCACCCGUCCUCAGCAUAGACCCGCCGAUGUUUGAGGCCGAGCUGGGCAUCGAUGCCAAGUGGUCGCUGGCCCUGGGCCUGCCCUUGCCCCUCGGUGAGCGGGCGGGACGCGUUUACCUGUGCGACAUUGGCAUCCCUCAGCAGGUGUUCCAGGAGGUGGGCAUCAACUACCGCUCACCCUUUGGCUGCAAAUUUGUCAUCCCACUGCACUCAACGUAGAGGCCACGGGCCCACAGGGAGGCCGUGGACGGCCCAAGGCUCUGGAGCCAGAUGCUGCCACUUUCCUGAAGAGAAGGCCUUAAGGAUGUGAAGCUCCGUGGACAGUGUGGUUGUGUUUGCUUUGUUUGUUUCCUUUAAGGUUUGUUUCUUCUGCAAGAAGCACCGCAUUUCAAACUGAAGAGUAACUGCCCUUUGAAGGCUGCCCCUUGGGCCCCUGGGUGGGGCCUGCCCUAUCUGGCCGCUCGGCCACUUUCUCAGUGGAGGGUUUUUGUUUACAGACACAGGCAGCUGUUAGACCAGGUUUGAGGUUCCUAGCCACCAGACCCGAGGGGAGCAGGGUAUCCCUAACAACUCUCUGCUUUCCUCCUCCUCCUCUGGCUCUCCCUCCCUGACCCCAGCAGACUUUUUUUUUUAAAUAAGCAGCCCUUCCUUUUAAUCAUGUCAGAUGUGCUGGGGUGCAGUUGUCCUUAUGGGGGGCUAGUUUCCUUUUCCUGUUGCUUCGAUGUUUAUGAUGGUAGCUGGAGUUGAGUUUUCUUUCCUGCCUUUCCUCAGUCCUGAGCCACGUGGCCCAUGCAGAAAGCUGGUGUCCAGCAGGAGCCUGGCCAGCUCUUAAUCUGUCUGCUCUGCCAGAGCCACAACUGAACACCACUUUGGGGGGUUUGUUGUUCUCUUGGUGUUCAUUUUUCAUUUUGCCCUUGACCCGACCCGCAUACCCAGUAGACGCUUUUUUCCCAAGGGGUCAGCCCAACCUUUUACCUUCUCCCUCCCAAGCCAGCUCUUGGGGAAAGGGGGUAUUGUGUGUCCUAUUGGCUGAUGUUUGACCCCUUGGAUUAAUCCUUGGACGUUUUCAGCACGGGUAGCUUUGGGACAUAUCACUGUAGAGCCAUGGUGCCCAUCUCCCUUGCCAACAAUCCCCGCUCCUGCCCCCCAUUGUUCCCAUUGGGACCAAAGGCUGGAGUGAGCUGGUCCUUCCCCACCAGCCAUGUUGGCUGCAAUGUCCCCAUGGUGUAUGGGUGAGGCCAGGUCCCCGUCCUCCCCCCCCCCCCAAGCUCUUAGUGCAUAUGCAAAGAAGGGGUGGAGUUCUUGUUCAGUAUUGGGAGUUCUUCUGUGGGAAACUUGGUGCUGAGCCUCUCUCGAGGCUCCCAUUUGGCUUCCAAUGCAGGGAGGGGUGUCCAGAGGGGCUGAGGACAGUGGAGGCUAAUCCCAGUAUUUGAGCUUUUCUUCCCUACAUUGGCCAGGCUGCCUGCUCUUCAGCCCUUACCUUCCCACGGCCUCUCUUGGGCUGAAUGCAGCAGCUGUUUUAUCCAAGAGAAGGGAAGGAGCCCGAGCAACCGGGGGAGACUUGGGGGCCACAUGUGAGCUACUCCAGCUUUUACCUUUGUCGAGUGGCCUCUCCCCUGGUAUCUGGGGCAGCCUCUGGUGGUCCGGCAUCGUUUGGCGGGAGAUGGCACCCUUGGUCUCUCUGGUCCUUUUGGGCUGCCCCUUGUCUCAGAGGUGUCAAAAAAGAAAAAGAAGCAUUGGUCUGGCCAGAGGAAGGCUGCUCGAGUGGCCUCUUGCCUUGCAGGGCCUCCCAAGGACUCCAGGGAGUAUUCUAGCCAGAUGGCUCCGGGCUUUUGCACUUCCUCCUGAAGCUGCUGAUUGGGGAGGUGCCCGGUCCCUCUUAACCUCUUCGAAUGCCAGUCUAUGAGCUCUUGCAGCCCCCUCCUACCCUGUCCCAGCAGCUGGGGGGAAAGUCCCAAAGAGCUUGAUAUUUGGUGCCUUUGGAGGGGAAGAUUUCACAGAGCCAGACAGAUUCAAGUGUCAUUUUGGUCCAAGCUCCAUUUUUCGGUAUUCAGGGUAGGCAGGGCCCCUCUGGUUCUUGUAAGUCCCGAGGCCAUACUGUGGGCAGAGGAGGGUCCUUAGUGUAGAUUGUGGAGUUUUUCUCUUUCCUGUAACACCCACAUCGUAACAAUAUUCUGAUAGGGAGGGAGGCCCUCUCCCUGGCAGACAGCACUAAUGGAGACAGGACUGUGAGCCGUCAGCCUGGUCUCUCCCUUCCCUUCCUGGUAAGGGUAUCCUGCUCAGGGUUCCAGAGUUCCUCCCCCUGCCCGCGCUCCUAAUUUUGUGGAAUAGCAAGCCCAACUUCCACGUGGCCUGUCCCCGUCUGGUGUGGAGAAGGGGCCUUCGCAGAAGCCUCAAGGUUGGUGCAGCCCCCCCUGGAGUCAGCUGCCCCUCCCAGAAAAUGCUCUAGCCAUUCCAUGCACGAGAAACAAAGGCUUAGGCUUCUUUUACAGAUGCGGAACAUCUUUCUAGGAUGGUGUUUACAUCUGAGGAUGGGCAGCCCUUGGAAGGGCCUAGACAGUGAACUGAGCUCCCCUGGGGAGGAGGAGGUGGGGUUUGAGGGGGAUGGGGAAGCAUCUCCUGUCUGCUCUUCCUGCUGAGAAAAGGGAGGGGGGAUCUGGCCCACUAUUGGUGCUCAGUCAGAAAGUUGAGGCGGACAUCCGCAGGACCAGUGGGGCGUCCUGGGCAGGGGGGACAACCUUGUUUUCUUAGCAUUUUUUACUCCAUCCUUGGCAGGUUGAGGAAUACAGUCCUUUCCUUAUUCCUCCUCAGUCUUGUCACCUGCCACAAUUUAUGUUGAAAGGAAAGUAGCCCUUUAUUUUUCUUCUUUUACCCCGAGAGAAUUUGACUAUUAAAAAGAAAAGCUAGCCCCUCCGAGGCCUUUCUUCCUCUCCCUCUAGCAGUUGAAUGAAGGCUGUUUGGCCACCUGGCCUUGGCUGUGUUGUUGACCCUUUAGCACAGUUGAUGAGGAGACUAUUACUAGUGCAGCUGUUGAGAUGGGAGUAGGGAAUGACAAAAAAACCAGCACUAAAAUAAAGCUGACUUGACCCAGCCUGGGGGUUGGUGUGUGUGGUGUACUGCUGUAAGCAUGCCUGGAAAGGAUUUCAUGGAAUCCCUGACUGCUGACUGUAGCUCCAGAGAUUAGCUCUGGCCAAGUGAAGAACCCCACCUGACCUUGACCAUUGACCAUUAUUUCUCAAGCCUACUGGACACAGACAGGAGUGAGAAAGCAAGCCUUGUCGCACAUUUAAUGGGGUUUGAGAAAAGUGGUUAGUUAGGCAAAGUUUGGGGAGUAUCUGGUAAAGAUGCCCUAUUUCUUAAAGGCCUGAUCCAUUCUCAAGAGCCUCCAGUCAAGUAUAGCAUGUAACAUGAGGAGCCUUUAUCUGCUGGAAUGUCAUCUGCCAGAGAAGACCAGGCAGGACUCCACAUGGGGUCACAUAAUUGAAUGUAAGGGUCCCAAAAAAUCUGGUAGUAAGUGUUUGAGUUGUAUAUCUGAUAUUAUAUGCCUACACACCCA